AAAAAAAAAAAAAAAAAAAAAGAGAAAUAGACAAUCUACACACACUGAUUUUAAAUCUUCCUCCUCAUCCUCCUCGGUUUCCGGCGAGUGUUUAUCUUCUUCUCCGGCACAUCGACUCGUCUUUCCGAUCAGAAUCCUUUCCCAGAAGAUUUGAGGGAUCUAAUUGUUGCAUCGACGAGUUGAUUGCUGUGAAGUAGAAACCCUAGAGGCCUCAGGAUUUUGCAUAAAUCGGCUGAUUGUAAUUUGAAACCGAGGAUGUGUAGGCAAAAUUGUCGCGCGAAAUCCUCACCGGAGGAGGUGAUUUCAGCUGAUGAGAAUCUCUUGAUAUAUUGUAAACCUGUUCAGCUUUACAACAUUCUUCACAUUCGCUCUCGAUCCAACCCAUCGUUUCUUCCAAGAAGCUUGAACUACAGAAUUCGAGCAAAGGGCCUAAGAAGGUCCAGAUCUGCUGGGAUGGUAGUUUUCAACUAUAGGGAUUGCGAUAACACAUCUCAGAAAACUGAAGUUAUGGAGAAUUGUUCUUGUCCAUUUUGCGAUAUGCUAUGUGGUAGCUUCAAGGGGCUGCAACUUCAUUUAAAUUCAUUUCAUGACUUAUUUGAAUUUGAGUUCGUGGUUUCAGAAGAAUACCAGACAGUUAAUGUCUCUGUAAAACUUGAUGCAUUCGGAUUUGAGGUAGAAGGAAGUCAAGAAGAUAAGUUUGAACCGUUCUCUUUUUGUUCGAAGCCUCGUCAGCGUACACAAAGAGGUGGUAGAAAAAGGCGACUUAAUGUACGCUUUUUACCAAUGGAUUCACCCAGUUUAGCUAAUGAGACAGAAAAUGGAAACGCACUGCUGAAUGAUGGAAACCGUGGUUUAGGAAAUCCUGAGUCAACUAAUCUCGCUGGACAAUUUGGGAUGACUAGCAACACUCCACCAGCCAUAGCUCAAUCUUCUCUGGACUCCGAUGGUAAAGCUAUGUUAACAAGCGAAGCUGUGGUGGCCCCUCCUGCUAAGACAAGAAAGUUAUCUGCUGAGCGCUCAGAGGCUAGAAGCAACCUACUUCUCCAGAAACGCCAGUUCUAUCAUUCUCACGGAGGUCAGCCAAUGUCACUUGAGCAAGUGAUGUCUGGUGGAGAUAGUGAAGAUGAAGUUGAUGAUGACGUUGCAGAUCUCGAAGAUCGCCAGCUGCAGAUGCUUGAUGACUUUGUGGAUGUGAAUAAAGUCGAAAAGAGACUCAUGCACCUCUGGAACACAUUUGUAAGGAAGCAAAGGAUUCUCGCGGAUGGUCAUGUUCCUUGGGCUUGUGAAGCGUUUUCAAAGUUUCACAAGAGCGAAUUGCUCCAAUGCUUAUCACUCUGCUGGUGUUGGAGAACAUUUUUGGUCAAACUAUGGAACCAUGGACUUGUCGACGCGAACACCAUCAACAACUGCAAUCUCAUCCUCGAGACUUGCGAUAAUAACUCAGACAACACCAACAAUAACUCAGGCAACACCAACAACACCAACAACACCAACAACAAUGACUCAGACAACACCAACAAAAAUAACAGUGUGGAUCAUCGCGAGGAUAUGGAUGUUGACGACGGUGACAAAAACAGCAAAGACAAGUAAUAGGAAGAUCUCCGAUUCAAAACGACUCCGUUUAUCGAAUUGCAACUUCCAUCUUUUACCAAACAGAGAGAUAUUUAACCUUUUUAGUCUGCUAAUGAUUGCAAUUUUUACUUGGGAAAAUGUAUUCUGCUCAACUUUUAUCAGUUAGAACUUAGAAUGUUAUUCUUCUUGUUUUCUUCUCAUUAAUUCAUAUUUUCUUGUUUAUUCAUUUUAUUUCUCUCAAUGCACUAAUCCUUAGUAGAAAUUCUUAUUUGUGUAGUGAUUUGCUUAGAUGUCAGCUCCACAGCGAGUUUCAGAAUGUUUUGCUUACGUG